AUGGCGAAGAAACGCACUACGACUGUCUUUUCACCUUCUUGGACUGUACAAUUUAUCUUAGCUUGGAUCUUUCUCCUGAUCCAGCCAUCAUCGUUCGUGCAUGGCCUUGCCAUCUCUUCUGCUGCUGAUCAACGACCCAGAGCAGCUUUCGUCUCCCUCGCCCACGAGCACGAUCUGCCCGCUCUCCUGUCGUCCAUUUCGCAACUGGAAGAAACGUUCAACCACCGAUACCAAUACCACUGGAUCUUCUUCAGCAUGCAACCCCUGAGCGAAGAGUUCAGGCAGCAGACCUCGAACGCGACCUCUGCCAUCUGCCUUUACGAAGUUAUCUCUGAAGACAACUUGGCAUCCCCAAAGCAGCCAUUGGCAUUCAACACGCUACCGUCGGCUCAGAGUAGUGGCGAGCAUGGCGUCAAAAAUGGUCAACAGGCGCCGUUUCUUGAUCAGAUAUCUCGUUGGAACUCGGCAUCAUUUGCCAGUGAGAAGCGGUUGAGAGAUUACGAUUGGAUUUGGAGAAUCGAGCCAGGCGCGCAAUUUACUCACGACAUUACAUUUGAUGUGUUUCGCUUUAUGCGAGACCAUGAGAUUGCGUACGGCUUUAACGAGGCCUUGCUGGACAAGGACGAGAUACGGACUCAUUCAGAACCAGUGAUAUCUUUCAUCGACAAACACCCUGAUUUGCUGCACGCGGAUGCGGACUUGUCGUGGCUCCUGGACUGCAACGAUGGGCCAAUCGCAGUCAAAAUCAGGAGCAACUCGCCUGAAGGCCGCGAUAUUGUUGGCAGCUCGUGGACUGACUUGAUCAGCCUGAUGAUGCAGGGCAGACUGGAAGGAAUGUCGCCAACAUUUGACAUUGGGUCCCUAUCGUUUUUCCGAAGCCAGAGCCACCAAGAUCUGUUUCAUCACCUGGAUGCUGCUGGCGACCUCUAUUAUAGCCAACCGCUGAGAGACAUGGCCGUGCCUACCAUCAGCGCUAGCAUGUUUCUUCCUCAGAAGAGCGUGUGGAACUAUCGGAAAAGGGAUGUACGGCACACAUAUCGGCCCAGCCCUCCCGAAUACACGCAAAAGCCGAAACUGAAGGCGUUUGAGCACAACUUGGGAUUCAACCUCAGAAGACGCAACCGGAUGGUUGGACCGCGGAGUCGGGAUAGCAUUCGGGGACAAGAGAGGAACCCUGAAGAGAGCAUGGCGGAGUACUUUGUGCUCUGGAGCCUCGUGGCUCAAGAUUUCAGCAGACAGGAUGCUAUCCCCGGCCUGCAGUCUGGGCACACGGUAAUUGACGAGAGAAAUUUUUCGUUGAGUUCAAAAGAGUCGACUGGCUAG